AGGGCGCCUUGGCCCUCGUGCCUGUCCUUCGCACACAGACAGAAACAUGGCGGCCGCCGUAGUGAGGAGUCUGGGCUCCAGUUUGGGUAGAAACCUCAGAGAGAUCCGCAUCCACCUCUGCCAGAGUUCUGCAGCCAGCCAGGGGGCCAGAGACUUCGUGGAGCAGCACUAUGUGGCGCUGAAGAGGUCAAACCCAGAGUUCCCAAUCCUGAUCAGAGAAUGUUCCGGUGUUCAGUCCAAACUCUGGGCCCGAUAUGACUUUGGGAAGGAGUGCAGCGUCACAGUUGAUAACAUGUCAGCUGAUCAGGUGGCUAAUGCACUGCAGACUCUGGUUCAGACCAAACCUUGACCUGGAAACAACUAUCUACAAACCAGAACAUUAUUAUUGUAUGUCGUUGAUGUGUGCUGAAGAUGAAAAUAUUAAAGGUUUAUUUACACGUUUA